AUGUCGCUGACCCAGGUUAAAUUGACCCUUCGCGAGAAGUUGGACAUCCUGCCAGCUGUCGCCAGCAUCAUCAUCGCAGCCUUCUAUGCUCUCCUGACAGGUCUAUGGCGCACGGAGCGCCAGGCCAAAUCCCUCCUCCUCCAUUUUGGCUAUGCCAUUAUGCGCAAGUCCACGCAGCGCUUGUCGCCAGUGCAGAUGCAGUAUGUGCUGCCAGGCUCCACCAAAAUUUACAAUCGCUUCGUGAAGGCCUUCGGGUAUAAGGCGGAGUCGGUGGAGUUGAGCCAUGGGGCCACGGGCCACUGGGUCGGGGACCCCAAUGCGACAAAUGUGGUGAUAUGGUGCCAUGGUGGGGGAUUUGGAUUACCCUCCAAUCGUGGCUACAUCAAUUUCUACGCGCAGCUCGUCCGCCAUCUCGAAGCGGCCGGUAAGAGUGUCGCAGUCUUCUCACUCACAUACACUCUCGCCCCAAAUGCCACCUACCCGACACAGCUGAAACAAGCCGUAUCCUGUGUCCGGUACAUCCUCGCCCAACCAGACCGUGACCCAGCCACGGUCUUCCUAGGCGGCGACUCCGCCGGCGGGAACUUGGUCUGCGGUGUGCUGUCGCAUAUCGCACACCCCCACCCCCAAAUCGAGCCUUUGCCAAUCAAUGGCAAGUUCGGCGGCGCCGUCAUGAUCGCACCAUGGACGUUACUCGAUACCGAGUUUCCCGAUCAGGAAAUCUAUACGGGUGGUGAUAUAAUUACGCCUGCUGUUGCCGCGCCUUGGGCUACCGCGUUUUUGGGUAGUGCGCCACGCGAUAACUAUACAGAUGCAUUCCAUGCUCCUACGGAGUGGUUCUCGACUUUUCCGGUUCAGACUGUGCUUAUCACGGGUGGUGGUAAUGAGAUUAUGUUGCCCGUUAUUUUGGAGUUUUCCAAGAAGUUGAAGGAUGGGCUUGGGGAUGUUGAGAUGUUUGUUGGGCAUCGGGAGUGCCAUGUUGCUCCAAUUUAUAACUCUAUGUUACACGAUAACACGGAGACGGAGCAGGGAAAGAAGAUUAAGUCGUGGCUAGUGGAACUGGCUCAUUAG